AUGCUACAUAGAUGGGUAGCUGAAAUGAGACAACAUGAAAAUGAAUCUGGAGCAUUUGACAUGUAUUACUAUCAUAAGAGCAAAAAAUAUCGUUCUAUUCUGGAGGUAAGAAAAUAUGUGUUCAUCGGUUUAUCAAAGCUUGAAGUUGAUCAAGAAGCCACUGAAGUAAAAGAGGUUGGGGCUAUUAAAAAGCACUCCAUGAAAAGAAAAGAUGAACAAUCUAUCUUGAAAAGGAAGUACGCAACAAAGAAACAAAAAAGCAAUAAUCAUGGCAUAAGGGAGGUCAAAAGAUUUGGUUAAGCAAUGAACAAUCUUAUGAAUAGGGAUGUCAAACACAAAAACAAGGAUGUUGGAAUGUCAGAAGAAGACUCCUCCCCAAAAAGAAAAAUAGAAUAUUCCAUCUUGGAGGGAGAUCUUGGAACAAAGGAGCAAGUAAGAAUAUUAUUUACACCAAAGGAAAAAUACAAGCAAGAAUAUUUUCUGAAUAACCUAAAUUGGUGUUGGCAUAACAAGGUUCAGAUAAUUGUGGGAGGUCUAGUUGGCGACGACAACAAAGCUAGUAAUGAUGCAAACGGUGGCAGCAACGAAUGA